AUGGGAAUUACAUAUAGUGAUGGUAUUUUGAGUCAGCUUGGUCUCUCAGGAAAAGAUGGUGUCAACGGUCCGAGUGAUAAACUCUGGACCAUCACGGUGACAAGCACUAGCUAUACAACAGUUUGCCCCUGUACCACAGGCGUCCUUUCUCUUCCAACGGAGCUCACUUCAUUCCCAACCUCCAGUGGUUUUGAAUACUCCUCCGCCUCACUUGUGUCAAUAACUACUUCCAGCUACUCAUUAGGACAGAGCUCCUUAACCCCUGAAGAAUCGGGUGCCGCCAGCACGUAUAGUCCUUCCGUUACAUCACACUCAUCGAGACCCAGUCAGUCUUUCGUAUCUUCUUCUUCGGCUGUGAACCAAAACUCGUCCAGCAGCUCACGUUAUAUACAUGGGUCUACUGAAACAUCCAUUCCUUCAGUAUCUGGUUACACAUCAUCUCCUUGUACUAAUACAAUUGUGGGUUCUACACACAUUCCUUCUGGGUUCCAAUCCUCCUCAGUCAUUCGGCCUUCUGCUUCUUCUACACCAGCACAAUCCAUUGGCCCUCAAUAUUUGUCAUCGACGAUACUGUCUCAAACGUCAGCAGCAUAUGCAAGUACGGGCUUGUCUGGUAGCUUCCAGCUGUCAUCUAGUUCCUCGGUCCCCAUCAGGUCUAGCUCGAGUGCGCGUAUCACGCCCUCUCAAACAGUACGAUCAUCAAGUGCUAUACCGCACCCAUCUUCGACGCAAACGCCCUUGAUUUUAUAUGUUGAGCCUAGUCAGUUGGUUCGCAAACGGCAAACAUACAACAGUGCAGUCCUGAUUGGAUCCGGGUCCUUGACAGCCAGCUGUGCAAAUGCCGAUGUCUUCCAUGUCGAUGGAACAAGUCUCUACGAUGGGGACUUUUUGGUUUCCACAAAUCCAGGAGUUCUUCAGACUAAGUUCAUUGGAUCGCAGAUCCCCGGAACUAUCAGCGGUAGCUUCUCUGUUGCAAAAAAUAUGCUUGCGUGGACGAAUGACGCCUUUCCUGCAGGCCAGGCCUUGUUCUGUGUCUCAGAUGACAUUGUAUACGCAGUAUUCGAUGGCAAUCUACCUUCAGGCUGUACGCAGGUCUCCAUCGCUGCUGUACCAUACUCUUCCAUAUGUUCCGGAGGCACUGCUUCAAGCAGUUUUCAUCCAAUUACUCCAUCUCCUACUUCAACUGCAACCAGCAUCCCUACCUGUGCUGCUGGUUCGGAUCCGGAGCUUAGUACUACCGUUCUUCCUGCACUUGAUCCAAACAUUGAUUUGUCCUCCCUCCUCAAUUUGUCUCCUUCAAUGUACGCAACGCUCUAUUAUGCACAGCCUUAUGGUUCAACUAUUGUGCAGGUUGUCUACACUAUGCUCUACUCACAGGUCACUCUGGAGAACUCUCAGAACAUUGAUACUGUUACCUGCUCUGGGGGUAACACUAUGACCAUAGUGACUAAGACUAAGGUGGCAUAUAACAUUAUCAACCAAUGGCCUCAGUCAGACUUGAUCCUGAUUACCAACACGGCAAGCUGUAACUCCGCGUCUCAAAGAGGAGUUUAUACGGUUACAUCGUAUACUACGGAUGAGUCCAAUCUCACUAUCACACUAAAAAUCAGUGCAGCAACCUGGACCGAUGUGUCUGAAACAAUGCAGAUAAGCUAUGGUACUGGCGACACAAAUUCCCCAAGUUCAAUCUCAUAUACGCCUUCCUGUUCAGCUCCGAUUGCUACUACUACUUCACUUGGCUCCGCUACCAGUACCGAUGUUUCCUACGUCGAUCUUACCCCAGAAGAAAAGAAUAUUGUGGCCUAUCUCACGAAGAAUAAUACGUAUGAUGACAAUGGCAACAUCGCGGUUACCAUGCCGGCUUCAACAUCAAAUUUGACAGCUCCUUCCUACAAUCCUGCAUCAAACUCGAGUGAACAAGCGGCUCUGGAAGAUGCUCUUCAGACAGCAGGGUUGCCAUCUCCCGACUCCCUAUGGCAUAAAACUGCGAAUAACCUAGCUGGUCACUGCUCAAAUGGUGUAUACGUGCCCCCAACAACGGUUUUUACCAAGCGCGAUCUACCCCUGAUUCAGCAUAACGCCGCCACCGCUAAGGAUUCAAGACGUGUCCUCGCAAAACGCAGCGGUGAUAUCAACGACUCAAAAUGGUGGAAGUAUCUCUGGGAAGGCGGAUGUAAUGAUAUCGUGGAUGAGAUUAUUAAGGCCAUUAAUAAAGAAGCUGGAGAAAUUGUUGAACUGAUCUGCGCCAUGAAAGAGCUUUACGAUGAUGUUGACGAAGCUUAUCAGAAUCGUGAUGCUAUCAAAUGCGUGUUCACCGGAUGCUAUCUAGAGGAGACCAUUGCCACUUAUUGGAAUUACACGUACUCCUGGACUGCGGACUUUGAUAUUCCUCCUCAAACCAUCGUAUCGUCGCGUGUUGGAACUGUCAAGUGUGUCGACUGUUCGCUAAGCUUCUCUGAAGUUCAAUUUGUCGGCAGUGUCAUGAUUACCACUAAAACCGGCGCAGUUGAGAGCGCUUAUAUGACUCCGACAAUGAGUUGGACAGCGGAUCUUGUCAUGAGUCUUGAUACUACAGGCGCUUGGUCCAAUGAGUGGGACUACACCUUCUCAACGCUGAAUUUCAACAACCCAAUUACAGUUCCAGGAGAGUUCACGAUCACACCUUCCAUGAUAUACAGCUUGGGAGUCCAAUGGUCAACUACGGAUGCUGUUAGUUUCACAGGUGGUGCGUCUAUGAGCGUCAACAGUGGUAGCAUGUACCUCGAUUUCAAAGAAAGCACGGCUACACAGAUUUCCAACUGGUCACCACAUGUUCAGUACACCUAUCCCGUGUUCACGACUGCGGCAACAGUUUCAUUCAUCCCAAUCAUGAGAUCUUCUCUAUCUAUCGCCGUCGAAAUCCAGAAUCAGCCCUACAAAGCACAGCCAAUCUAUAUCAACACCGCCUCGGCGGUAGGAUUCAACGCAGCGCUGAUUGAAACAGACGGUGGCGCGUGCCCUGCUGGUCAACUUAUGAUGACAUCCUACACGGAUGUCAGCAGCAAUGUUUCCUUCUCCGGAGGACCUUCGCAAGUUCUUUCGAAUACUGGUGAUGUUGCUGGCCAGAUGAAGUGCUUCGCCGUUCCCAAUGAUAUCCCGACUGUAGAUGAAGUGAACUCCCUACGCAGUCAAGGUGCUGCAUUCUGCACAUCGUACCUCAGUUAUACCCCCCCAACAAAGGUCGCGUACGCCGUCACUACUACGACCGGUCCGAGUACGACGCACAUAACUCUUCCCACGACAAUUUCCACCUCAUCGACGGUCUAUGUGUUCCCAACCAUCACGAGCGUUUUCGUUCAAACUACUACCGUGAACCCGACCUCGUACGUGACUGCCAGUGGUUCCCAGUCUCUUGGUGACUCGUACAUGCGCAAAAGAGCCCUUGAAACUGCUGCACCUAUGAGGGUGAAUAAUAACCCUAUAAAGCCCACGCAACCUCCUGCUGCACACCAACUGUUGGCACGAACAAUCACCUCGACACCAGCUUUUGUAUCUACCUGGGAUGCUAGCAAGCUCUCACUCGGAUGUUCACAGGUUGCUACAGGAACUGUGACUACAACAUUUUACAGCUCGACAACAACUGCCUACUCAGGUGUGGUCACCAGUACCGCUUAUAGUACUGUAGACGUUCUCGGAAAACUCUAUACUAAUACCUUCGAGCGAGUUGUGGUUUCGUAUACCGCAACGACAAUCACUGGUGCUACGACUGCUACAGCAACUGCUACAACAGCAAGCAGCUGUCCGCUCCAAACUCAAGUCUCUUGUUUCACAAUCACUGGCACAGGACCUGACCAUAUCAAUGGAAAGCAACUUUACAUGUCUGAUGGCCAAGCUUCCCCGGUUUGGGGUGGAUGGGGAGCGGGUUAUGAAUUGGCGACAUUCUAUCUGACAUGCUCCGGAGAUCUCGUCGCACUGCCUUCCAUGAAGGUUCUGUCGACAGCAGCGGAUAUGUGGAUUGAGUUCGGGAACUUCACAAGUAGUAGCUCACCUACGAAUCAGAGGUGUAUCCAAGACACAGCUGCCGGUACAUUGAGUUGUGGUGCUGGAUGGUAUGCCAUGAAGCCUGUUGCGACAACCAUCAACGAUUUCAGAGCCUUCAGUGGAUAUUGGCAGCCUAUCUGGAGCGAUGGCUCGAACAAUGACAUACUGACACCAAUAACUUUAACAUAUAACAACGCAACCUGCCCGUGUCAGUACUGA